AUGUCAGAUCUCGCAGAUGAGCCUGACCGUGCAGGCAAUGGCAUGAACAAGUCGUUCGACGGCCGAAGUUCGCUGCCAAACAACAAUUCGAACGAAGCCAUCUCUCCGACUGCGCCCCACAAGUCGAGCCAGACCUCGCCGUCCACGGACCAGCCAAAGAAGAAGCGCAAAGUGAACCAUGCAUGCGUCUACUGUCGACGUUCGGAUCGACCUUGUAAACGCUGCAUCAAGAGAAACAUCGGGCACCUGUGUCAUGACGAACCAAGAGAGGGACAUGGCUAUCACAAAAAGUCCAAGACCGACUCAGACACUGCUGGGCCCGACGAGCAGUCUCCUACACGGGAUGAUUUUUCCACGGCUCCAAGCUUGCCAGGUCCCGCCUUGAUGGACGACUCUACGCCCAAUCUACUGCAGGACGACAAUAUUGGACUGAGACCAUCCACAAAUGACAACAUGGCCGUCUCUAGUUCGAGCGCAGCUGCUCCGAGUGCUGGCAUCAAUGGUAAUACUCAUCCUCACUUCGGUUAUAAUGAUCCAUGGGCCGGAGUUCAAAAUCGGUUUCAUGACAUGCACGCCUUCCAUCCAAAUUACAUGUUCAAUGCAAACGAGGUCACCGACGAAUUCAACCUGUUGAACGACUUUCUCAGCAACAGCCUAUUUGAAGAGACAGGAAUGUAUUCCACUGAAGAAUUCCAGGGUCCGUUCAAUGAUCCAUCCUUUAUGAACUCUAUGGCUGCUUCUUCUGCCCCAACAACAACAACAACAACGACCACCACCACCACCACCACCAUCACCACCACCGCCCAGAACAACGCAGCUCACGCGGCCCUGAUAUCAAGACCGCCGAGUGUAAAGCCAAUAUCGGACAAAGCGCGAGAGAAAUACUACAUGAUGGCGGCAGAUCCGACGGGAGCUGAGCCGCCGGAGGAGCGCAUGCAAAAGCUCCUCAAAGCCAAAUACGACGCGGGAAUGCUACGACCGUUCAAUUACGUGAAUGGAUAUGCCAGGCUCAACAAGUACAUGGAAAAGCACAUGAAGCCACAUUCGCGUCACAAGAUCUUGAUGCAGUUGGACCAGUUCCGGCCGAAAUUUAGAGAGAGAAUGCAGAGUUUGACCGAUAUCGAGCUGGUCCUGGUGGAGAUGUGGUUUGAGAGGAGUUUAAUGGAAUACGACAGGAUUUUUGCCAGCAUGGCUAUCCCAGCCUGCUGCUGGAGAAGGACAGGCGAAAUCUUCAGGGGGAAUAAGGAGAUGGCAGAAUUGAUCCAGGUGCCCAUCGAAUCACUUCGCGAUGGAAAGCUUGCCAUACAUGAGAUCAUCGUCGAAGAUCAGUUGGUCAGCUACUGGGAGAAGUUCUGUGCCAUUUGCUUUGACCAACAGCAAAAGGCUAUGCUCACGAGCUGUACCCUGCGCAAUCCCACGGGAAGCGCUGACAUUGCGGAUAUCCACUGCUGCUUCUCCUUCACGAUUCGAAGAGAUAACUACAAUAUACCCUCGCUGAUUGUGGGCAAUUUCUUGCCCAUGAGUUCUGGAAAACGUUGA